AUAAAAGUGAAUACGAGAGAAUUGCUUUGCUGUCGCUAGGCUGCAUGGCCAACGAAAUUAGCGACGUAGAUCCAAUAGAUACUAGAUACUAGAUAUAGCUACAAGUGCAACCUGUUUAGUUCAGUCAUCAGUCCUCGCCAGCAUCCAAGACAGCUCCCCAAAGAACUCAUCCAGCAAUAAGAUGAAAAUAUUCCGAUUGCGCUUGGUUAAAUUGCUGCUUUUCGGUUUUAUUAUUGUCAAUCUGAUACUGUUGUAUUACACAUGGAACUCGCUGCUCUGGCGACGCAUCACCCGAGCCCUUGGGGGUGGUGCGGGCAGCGAGACGAAGCCAAAGGCGGAUGCGAUGCAUGGAGCAAAGCUUUCGCCAAAGGACAAAGCAAGGAAUGCCAACAAACACAUACGCAAGUCCAUAACAAUUGUAUUCUUUGGCCACUACAACUUUGAGCAGGACCUGCGACCGAGCAUCGAAAGCAUACUGGACGUGGUGCCCAAUAUGCCCAUUCUGGUGCUGCAAGAGGGCACCUCCGAAUACGCCUAUCCACCAAUCACCUUCGAGCGCAAUUUGACCACCGGCGAGGAGCAGACGGUGCACUUUAUGAGUCUCGCCUUCGAUGUGCGCCGGACACGUGAACAAUUGAAUCCCUUGGCAGCUAUCCACACAAAAUACGCCCUGCUAAUGCCGGACAGUGUCCGGCUGAGCAGCAAGAACUUAUUGCAGAAGAUACUGCGUGAGAUGAACACCAAAUCGGGAACACAGCAGCAGCGAGUCACUGUCGCCAUGGAGGAGACAGUGCGUCGUUUGUUAAUCGUUCCAUUUGCGGGCAAUCAGAAGGCAUUCAGCAGCUGCGCCAAACUCAAUCUGGAUUUGCCCAACUGGACGAUGAAACUGGAUGCUCGCAAUGAUAGCACACAUUGUGACUUGUUCCUGCAGAAGCACGCAAUUCUAAUAGACGUUGCUGCACUUGGGACAAUGCCAGAACCCUUCGCUCUGCCCUUUCCGGAGAUGCUCUAUGUGCAGGCCAAGAUUGCUGAACUAACGACGAGUGUGUUUCCGCACUCCUUUCUGGAGGGACGCCGUCUGUUUGCCUCGUUCCACACGAAGCAAAGGAGAAUGGAGUUGCGUCGUCGUCAGUUUCGUGAGAUGUAUAAGAAGCUGCAGAUCAAGCGAUUGGUGAGAAGAACCCACAAGAUUGGUGGCAAAGCGACAGGACGACAGGAAGGCAAUUGGCAGCCGCAUAGUCCUGUGCUCGACGCCCAAUUCUCCUCGUCAAAUUUCUCGCUGCCCCUCGUCACGGAUAUCGAUCUGUUUGGCUGUGAGAGGACAACCAAAUCGUGUAUAGGACAAGUCUACAACAAUCGACCCUUCUACUAUUAUCUGGGCAAGCAUACGCCGCCGUGCUGUCUGGACAAGCUGAAGACCACCUUUAACCAUGUGCUCGAGGAAUUUGAGAAUGUGGGCAUUCGCUACUGGCUGGAUAACUAUGCACUCAAAGGUGCCAUCGAGACGAAUCAACUGUCGCCGGAUGCCUACGAUAUUGAUAUCAGUUUCAAUGUUCAGGAUCUGGAGCGAUCGAAUGCAAUGAAGAAAUCGCAGAGCAAACCGCAUGUGGACGGCGAGGGCUUCUACUGGAUAAAGGCCACCGAUGGCCAUUACUUUCGGGUGCAGUUCUCCAAGGUCAAUCAAGUCGGAGUCAAUCUGCUGCCCUACGAGAUCAAUGGCAAUGAGGUUCGGGCAAGUGGAUUUUUUGGCUGGAAAGCAUCGACAUUCUCGUCGGACUACUUGCAUCCAAUGUCAACGGUGCUGUUUCUGGGCAAGAGCGUCAUGUGUCCCAACAAUGUGCUGGAGUAUCUGGAUGCCAAAAACAUUCGAGUACAAUCCAAUGAUGUACCCAUUGAGGAGGAGUAGCUGAUAUACCAUUAGAAUGUCCUUUCCACUUAGUAUAAAUUGUGUUGACUUGCAUUUUAAGGAUAUUAGAUGUAGUUAUACAUUUUUUAAAAUGGUUUUUUCUGUAUGUACUAUA